AUGGACUUUUACAGAGAGGAAUCCAACCAUUUGUCAAUUGUCACAUUAGUUCACUAUGUCAUACCCCAGGAACUUGAAGACAGAUACAGAGCUUGGCUGAGCCCUCAAAUACAAGAAGACUUCAGAUAUUAUGCACAAGUGUGUUUCAGAUCAUUUGGGGACAGAGUGAAGCACUGGGUUACAUUCAAUGAGCCCAACGUUGCAGCGAUUCGGAGUUAUCGAUCAGGAAUCUUCCCGCCAUCUCGAUGCUCUGGUUCGUUUGGGAACUGCAGCAAUGGAGAUUCAGAGACAGAGCCUUUCAUCGCAGCACAUAACAUGAUCCUGUCGCAUGCUGCCGCUGUCAACCUUUACCGAACCAAAUACCAGAAAGAACAAGGAGGCAGCAUUGGGCUAGUUCUGAAUGCCCUGUGGUACGAACCCAUCAGCGAUUCCAUAGAAGAUCAGUUGGCAGUUGAAAGAGCCCUGGCUUUCUUUAUGAACUGGUUCCUUGACCCUGCCAUAUUUGGAAGAUACCCUAAGGAAAUGCGGCAGAUUCUCGGGUCGAAACUGCCCGAAUUCUCGAGCUACGAAUCGAGGCUUCUGAGGAGGAUUGGUCUGGACUUCAUUGGGAUCAAUCAGUACACGAGUUUCUACGCAAAGGACUGCUUGUUUUCAUCGUGUGAACAAGGUCCAGGAGCUUCAAAGACAGAGGGGAUGGCUUUAAGGCUUGAGCAGAAGAAUGGUUCUUACAUUGGAACACCGACUGGAGUGGAUUGGAUAUUUGUUUAUCCUCAAGGGAUGGAAAAUAUUGUGACAUAUAUAAAAGAGAGGUACAACAAUGUACCCAUGUACAUUACAGAAAAUGGGUUUGGGCAGACUCAGGAUUUGCUCAAUGAUGUCAAGAGGGUGGAUUACAUGAGCAGCUACUUGGAUGCGCUAGAAACUGCAGUCGGGAAAGGAGCAGACGUGAGAGGGUAUUUUGCAUGGUCACUGCUGGACAACUUCGAGUGGACAGCAGGCUACACAAGAAGGUUUGGAUUGUACCAGGUUGAGUUCCCCAGCUUGAAAAGGAUCCCAAGACUCUCGGCAACUUGGUACAAGAACUACAUUGAAAGCUUCAAGGUUGUGAAGAGAAGCUCCUCCCUUUGA